CAUCUCCGGAUCUCAACGUGACACUUUAUUCAUCUAUUGAGAGUGACUUUAUCGUUCUUCAAAAAUUUGACCUUGAAUUGAAGUAUACUUUGAUUAAUACGAUUUCCAUUUUACAUUUCUUGGUAAAACUUGACUGACAUAUUUGCGUAAAAGCUGCACUGAAAUGUCUCGUUAAAAACCAUGGUCCUGAAUUCCCAGCGAGAUGCUUUGGCUCAUACUUUGCGUCGUGGAUGCUUUUGUGGCCUCUUUUGAGGUGAGUGUCCCUCAUAAGCAUUUGAUGGCAAUACGGGGUCAUCCAGCUGUACUGCCCUGCAAGUUCACUCCUGAUCCUGACCUCUCUGACUUGGUUGUUACCUGGCAGCGGUACGAGGAUUCACGGGUCGUCCACAGUUUCUAUUAUCAACAGGAUCAAUUGGAAAGGCAGAGUCCGGAAUACCAAAAUCGCACCUCACUGUAUAUUUCAGAGCUUGGAAAAGGAAAUGCGUCUCUAAAAAUUGCAGCAGUAAGGCAGAAAGAUACAGGCUGCUACAUGUGCAUAGUGAGCAAUGCCAAAGGAUCAGACAAAGCACUAUUAGAUGUGACCUAUGGAGCUCUUUACUCUGAACCCAGGUUGAGCAUUCAUGUGAACUCCACUACAGUGACCGUUCAGUUUGAGACGGAGGGAUUCCCUAAACCUGAGGUGAGCUGGCUGGGGGAACAGGGUCAGUACCUCAAUCAUCACCUGGAGCUCUAUGACCAGACUGAAGAUGGACUUUAUUCCAUGAAGAGCAGCUAUGAGGUCCAGAAACCAGUGGUUAAUGUUACAUUUACACUAAAGAACCACCUCCUCAACCAGAACCUUCAGAGGCCUGUGAUCAUCAGUUAUGAUGAGGACAAGGCCACAAGUCAAGUGAUCAUUGCAGUUAUUGUCCUCUCUAUGGUUUGCUUUCUCCUAAUCAUUGGCAUUUUGUUAAACAUGUGGAGGCGAAACAAGCAGCAUUAUUCCUUGUGAUGAAUCAAUACAGUUAGUAAUUGUUAUCUGCGCUGUGGCCUAGCAGAUUGGGUACAUGCCGUGUUGCUAGUGGUGCUUUUGCAGGUAAUGUAAGUUGUCAUUUUUUCAGAUGCUGUCCACCCAUACACUCCAUAAUUUCCUAUCCUUUCUAUGCUGUUCUUAUAAGUAACGAAAAAAUGGCAGGUUUCAACAGGUUAUAAUUGAAUAGUACACACCAGCAAAGUUAAUAAAUUGUCAAAUAUAUUUUUUGUAUGGGUGUGUGCCAAAAUAAUUUUUAAAUCAUUAUGUAUUGCUGUGCCUUUUUAAACACAUUUUCAGGGUGAGGUUCAAGUUCAGGUAGCAGACAGGUACCAUUGUUAUUAUCUCUGUUGAAUUUACUGCCCCCAACUGCCGGAUCUUUUGGACUAUGAUCUGUCCUGUUACAUAUGUUUUGGCUUAACCAUGCUCAGAUUCAGAGACAAUGGAAUGAGACUAAUUUAUUAUGUAAAUGUGACUUGACAAUAAAAAAACUUCAAAGCCCUUUAUUUCUUAGUUUCAAUGUUGAGUUUUGGCUUUGUAGGGCAUUUUAUAUUUCACAGUUGUUUUUUGUUUUUUUUAUUAUGAAUGCCAUCAUAUAAAAUAAUUUAUUUAAAAAAGAAUAAACUACCCUUCAACCACAAGGGAUACAGUACUAGCAUUUAGAAUUGUUUUUUUUUUAUUAUUAAAUCUAAUAUUUUAUCUAUUACAAUAAACAUGAUUCCAUACUAUGGGGAACACAUUUAUUUUAUUAUUCAUAUAACUUUAAUAUAUAUAUAUUACCUACCAUGACAUCGGAAAUGUACUGAACAUGGAAAACAAUUAAUUUGUAUACAAUGUCUAGAAACUAUGUACAUUUAUUCUGACCUCUGCACUUCAGUGUUAUCCUUAUUUGCAGUAUUACCUGUUGUCCGUGACACAGUGUCCAAGUUAACAAAAUUCUGUAUUCUAAAGGCGUGUGCUUGGCUUUUACAGGUGUCUUUGGGAGACGGCUUUUUGUUUUAACUAAGUGGAACUGUUAAACUUAUUCAAUGUGGUUAAACAUUUGUUAGGCUUGAUUAAUGUGUCACGUGGACAGUAAAUAUGUGUACCUUUAGCAGUCAGUUUAACAAUUAUGGCCUUUAAAUUCCAUCUUAUCUCUUUUUACAAUUCAACUGAAAAAUAUGUUGCACAGCUCGGAAAAAACAAUGGGUUCUAUCGUGUAAUAUUUCUUUUUUUAAUUGCAAUGUUUGUGCUUUUUAUACUGUGCUCAUACUGCUAGUUGAUAUAUAGAUUGUAAAUUAUAUGGCAAAUUACAGUAUCUUCACAACAGUAACAAUAUAAUGUUUGAAUUAUUCUUUUCUUGGAGGUGAAAAUGAACUGAACAUGUUCAAGUUUAUGUAAGAUGCUGUCUCUGUUAAAAUGCUGUUUAUCAGAUGACGAUAACAGGAAUACAAUUUCAUGAGGGCAUUUAAAACAUGUAAACCUUCUAUUUCCAGAUCUGAUCUUUAUUUCACCUUUAGAACUAUAAUGUGUAUCCUGGUUCUCUAUGGGCAUAUAUAUAUACAGUGAGGAAAAUAAGUAUUUGAACACCCUGCUAUUUUGCAAGUUCUCCCACUUAGAAAUCAUGGAGGG